GCGGCACCUCGCCCCACCCGCCGAUCGAGCCGCUCCGGCGACCGCCCCGCGCCCGCGAACGAAGCCCACCUCACUCAGAGCGUAAAAACCCACGCGCCCCACCGCGCUGGGCCCCGCGACGGGACGCGGCGCGAGCCCUCCCGUCCGCUUCCGCUGCCUUGGCACUCUGCAAGCAGGCAGGCAGCCCAUGUGCUCAUCUCACAUGCCUGCCGCUCCCACGCUUCGCCACCCUUCCUCCUCGCUAGCCUAGCCACGGCAGCCAGACACCCACGCCUGCUCACCACUCACCACCCGCACCGCGCGCGAAACCUCGAGUUCUACUGAGGCGAUCGGGACGGACGCGGAACCGCCACGCACGGUGUCAGUCACCAGCAUGAAGGAGGGGACUGGAGGCGGCGGGGGAGGUGGGGAUGCGGGGUUCGUGCGGGCGGACCAGAUCGACCUCAAGAGCCUGGACGAGCAGCUGGAGCGCCACCUCAGCCGCGCCUGGACCAUGGAGAAGCGCAAGGAGGAGGCCGCCGGCGCUGGCGCCAUCGCCGACCAACGGGGCGGCGGGAGGCAACCCAGGUGGCCGAAGCAGAGGAGGGAGGAGUGGGAGAUCGACCCCGCCAAGCUCGUCGUGAAGGGCGUCAUCGCCCGCGGCACCUUCGGCACCGUCCACCGCGGCAUCUACGACGGCCACGACGUCGCAGUGAAAUUACUUGAUUGGGGAGAGGAUGGUCAUAGAUCAGAACAGGACAUUGUGGCACUAAGAGCAGCUUUUUCACAAGAGGUUUCUGUUUGGCAUAAGCUUGAGCAUCCAAAUGUAACUAAGUUCAUAGGGGCUAUAAUGGGUGCAAGGGAUCUAAAUAUUCAGACAGAAAACGGACAUAUCGGCAUGCCAAGUAAUAUCUGCUGUGUUGUUGUGGAGUACCUUCCUGGAGGUGCAUUAAAAUCAUUUCUGAUAAAGAACAGGAGAAAGAAGUUAGCUUUUAAGGUAGUUGUCCAAAUUGCUCUUGAUCUUGCCAAGGGAUUAUGCUAUCUUCACUCAAAGAAGAUUGUGCACCGUGACGUGAAGACUGAGAAUAUGCUCCUAGACAAAACAAGAACUGUGAAAAUAGCUGAUUUUGGUGUUGCUCGCCUUGAAGCUUCUAAUCCCAGUGAUAUGACGGGCGAAACUGGAACACUUGGUUACAUGGCACCUGAGGUUCUUAAUGGCAAUCCGUACAACAGGAAAUGUGAUGUUUAUAGCUUUGGAAUUUGUUUAUGGGAGAUAUACUGCUGUGAUAUGCCAUAUCCAGACUUGAGCUUCGCAGAGGUCACAUCUGCUGUUGUUCGUCAGAAUCUGAGGCCAGAUAUACCGCGCUGCUGUCCAAGUUCCUUAGCAAACGUGAUGAAGCGUUGCUGGGAUGCGAACCCUGACAAGCGACCUGAAAUGGCUGAGGUUGUGUCCAUGUUGGAGGCUAUCGAUACAUCAAAGGGUGGAGGCAUGAUCCCUGUAGACCAGCGACCAGGAUGCCUUGCAUGCUUCCGGAAGUACAGAGGUCCGUGACAGAUCGAGCACGCUGGAGUUGCAUCUGCAGAUUUGUUUCCUGGGAAGCAAACUGGUUAAUGGAGCUAGUGUGCCUGUGCUUAUUGACCUUGGUUCGAGAAGCCCUCUACUCUCAUGUAAAUUCUCUGUUCACCCCUUCUGUAACUCUGUUUAUCAAGGAAUGAAAGAAUUAUGCUGCAUUGUUA